CGCCGCCAACAGGUUGGACUACAGUGGGAGGAGAAAUAGGCAACUAUAAAAGCCAAAGGUGCAGACUGAAUUAACAUCUUGUUCUCUUCCAUCCGCUGUCGUAGUCUCGCCAUGGCUAAAAUCACUAAGAGUGUCAUUAAUAUUUUGGCUGCAAUUGCCUUGCUGGUCGCAGCAGUUUCCACCCAAGAGUAUGGCCAGCGCAUUGGCCGUCGUAACAGACCGAAUUUAGGAAUCCAAUCAGUUUCUUCGUCGCCCGUAACUGCGACUAAAAUCGAAAGUAGCGUUCCAGUGGUUCCGUGGGAAGCGCGAAUUAAUAUUGGCUAUUCCUAUGUGCCACCAACCAAUCCCCUAUUGCUACCGUCCAGCAGCAACCAGGAGGAUCAUCAAGUGACUAUUGCUAUAGUCCCACAAUCGCCAGAAGUAGUCCAGCAGGAAUUGGAAGAAGAUUCUUUAGAAAUUGCUCAGGAGAUUACGCUGCCCGAUCCUGAAACGUUUCCAGUCAUUCUGGCGGACCAAAAUUCCUUGGCCCCCGUCCAGCAGCAACAGCCGAUCGAUGAAGAGAUUGCCUUCUGGGAUUUCAGGGAGUCUAUUCCUGGCGAACCCGAAUUUGAUUACCCGAUUUUGGACAAGAUACCAUCAACUGCAUUUAAAUGUGUUGGGCAGCGUAACGGAUAUUACGCCGACGUCGAGACCCGCUGCCAAGUUUUCCACGUGUGCACAAACAUUCCGGAUGCUGAGCCCAUCAAAGCUUCUUUCCUCUGUCCAAAUGGCACCAUCUUUAACCAAGAAGUCUUCGUCUGCCAAUGGUGGACGGAUGUGAACUGCGCGACUAGUCCACAGUUCUUCGAUUUGAACAAGAAUAUUGGCGUCGUGCCCGAAUCAUCAUCAUACAAUGCUGUGGAAAACCAAUAAGAAGCAUCGCAUGAUUCGCAUCACAUUUGAUAGAAAGAAAAAAAAUUAAAUCAGUCACUUUUCGAGCCAACAAAAUUAUUUUUGAACAUUUGGAAUAAAAAGCUCGGCGCCUACCAUGAAAAACAGUUUGGUAUUUGUAGAUUUAUUUGAAAUCUCCGUGAGAACAAGGUCGCGCCAUCUUUUGGACGGUGAGUUUCGGAUCUGUCCGGAGAAAAAGACAAUAAAAUCCCAAUUUAAAAAUUGUGGGUUUAUUUGCCUUACACGAAUCGCACGAAUACUCACGAUGCGGAAUUCAUUCUUUUAUUGGCUUCUCCUUAAUAUGAUGUGUGUAUAUAACAGCGAUAUGUGUGUAUCAAUAUCACAGCUCA